CACACUUGGAUACACAAUAUACACCCAAUCUCUCUGAAGUGUUCACGCAAUGUUGAAGAUAGUCUUCCUUUUGGGCUCCGUGCAUGCCGCUCAAAGUGUCCUCGGAGGGAGGUGCCACCAACUACUGGAAAGCAUUGCUGAUGAGGAUGAAGUGUCUGUGGCGGCGCUGUGCCGGAGCCAUUUGGGGCCGAAGGGAUGUCACGAGCUGCUUCAAAGGCUUGGAAAGGCUCCAUGGAAUGAUGAGGUGCGGGAAAAGGUUUGCCUGGAGAAUGCAGAUCUCUUUGAGCCAAGGGGCCUCCUAGACUCGCCUCUUGAUGAGGUGACUGGCACCAAAGAUCCACAAAUUGCUUUUGCUGCCAUGAAUGCUGGACAACAAGCUGGGAGCCCUCCCGCAUCUAUAGCUCCUCCUGUCCUGACAGUGCCGCCCAUCACCGUCAACCUGCCAACUGCAGCGCCGGUACCUGCCAUACAGCUCCCAAACACGAAGUCAGAGAUCAGCUUUUCAGGAAUUCCAAAGAGCGAGGCUGACAAGGUUCGGGAGAAGCUGGGGCAAAUUUUGGCGCCGAAGACCACCUCGCCAACACCGCUCUCCUCGGACAUGACUGAGGUGAUUCGAUCUCGCUUCACCAGCAAGGAUGCUUUGCCAAACAGCGGAGGACAGUCCCAAGCUGGGUCAAGGCGUCAGAACAGAGUCAAAGAGGACAAGUGGUGGGAGUCGCCAGAAGUAGCUCAAAGAGAUCCCUCUCCGGAACCAGCCCAAGCAGCUCAAACCCUUGAUGAAGGCCGCGUCGCCCCAGCGAGCCACCGGAAGAACCAGGACCAGGCCUACUGGAUGCGUGAGGCGAAGUAUCACCCGACAGGGUCCACUUCUGAUGCCACGUCUGGCGGUUACGACUGGGGUAACUUCAUUAGCUCUGACGCCAAGCGCAAUCCAAACAGAGGAGAAGGCAAAUAUGAUUGGAAUGGAGAUGAAAGGAUGUACAGCCUUCCGGACAAAGUUCUGCGACGCGGAACCGAUGAAAAGACAUGGAUAGGGCUCGUUUGGGGUUUUGGCUUGGUGGCGCUGGUGAGCUUGACCUCCUCUUUGGCGCUCCGCUGGCGGCAGGGAGCGCCACAGGGAGCGCCACAGGAGGCACCACAGGCCUACUCGCGGCUGGAGGCCCAGGUUGCCGCGACAAGCUCGCGUGAGCUGCGCUUUGCCUGAAUCCUGCUCAAAGGCUCCAAUCAUGAGCCAUGGGUGGCCGUUUGCAGGGUCUGUCACUAAGAUGGAUGACAGUUUUCCUGCCAUGGAAGUCUGUGGAAGUUGGGUACAAGAGUGUCA